CAUUAACUUUCCCUUCAAACACUCUGGUCACCAUGUCUGACAAUCCGACUGAUUGGGUCCAAUUUUACCAACAGAGCAUCCCUAAUGCCACCGCCGCCGUGACAACCAACGCCACCACCACCACCACUUCGACCCAAUUUGGCAGUUCUAGCUCUGGUGGCGGUGGCGGUGGCGGUGGUGGAGGUGUUCCCAAUUUGAGCCCAGAAGGCCGCGUGUCCAAGCCCACUCGAAGACGGUCCCGGGCCUCUAGACGGACCCCGACCACUCUGCUCAACACGGACACUUCAAAUUUCAGGGCCAUGGUCCAGCAAUUCACCGGCGGUCCAACCGCGCCUUUCGGGUCCACAGUGCAACAACAUGCUGGUGUACAGAACAUUAGUUUCGGGCUCGGCCCACGCAGCCAAGCCCAUGUCAAUAACGCUCAUCCAAAUCCAUUGAUGGCACCGUACCAUAUGCAGUAUCAACAGCAACAAUUUCAGCGAAAUCAACCACAAUUUAUGUUCUCCGGCAAUCCGGACGACGUGUUUUUUCAAAGAAUUGGGAAUCCUCGUCCGGACGCGACAGUUUCUGGUGGGUUUGUGGUGGAGGGGGUCACGUCUGACGUAGCUGCAGCGGCGGCGGCGGCUACUAGGCCGCCUAAUUCAUCUUCAAAUGAGAACAGAAGUAACACGUUCUUGUAUUGAGAGGGACGUAAAGGAGACAAAGAGAAAGUUAGGUUGGUUUUCAAGAACUAUGGGCUUUUCUUGAUUAAUUGUGUUUUGGGAUUUCUCUAGCUACAAUGUGUGUCGAGCCAUUUUUAUGUUGGAAGUUUAUGAGAAGAAAUGUAGUGGGUGUAUAAUUCAUUGUUUAAUAUGAGUAUUUCAAGGUUUGUUUCGAUUA